AGCUAUUCUGAUGUCUCGAUAAUUAUCAAGUGUUUACUUAAGCUUUCGGUGUUCUGAUUUGAUUAAUGAUCGUCAACCAUAAAAUAUUACUAUAAUUAAGGCGGUAUUUCAUUUGCUUCUGAAAUGGCAAUAUUGGUUGCUAAACAACAUGGUUCUGCAAUUGAAGAUGGGUAAACCAAUACAUACGAUUAUUAUUUUCAUUGCUUCGGGCGUAAUCCUAUUACUAGUUUCUACAUCAGAGGGGGAUGCCAGAUCCCAAAUCAUCGAGAUGUUUUGUGACGGAAGGGAAAACAAUCAACCAAAAUAUCUCAAUAACGCAAUCAGGUUUGCCGAAAUAAUUAGCAAGCAAAUGCUAACUUCACAUAACGCAACAGUAUCAGAGGGAACCAGCCCCAACAAGGUUUAUGGUCUUUCACAAUGCUAUGGUGACCUCUCUGUACAAGAUUGCCAACUUUGCUAUGCCCAAAUGCGGACUUUUCUUCCUUUUUGCUACCCAAAAACUGGGGCUCGAAUUUACUGUGACGGCUGCUUUAUGCGAGUCCAAAGUUAUAGUUUUUUUGAGGAGUAUAUGGGGAGUCGUGACACUAUUGUUUGUGGGAAUAAAUUAAGGAAAAGUACCAUGUUUCAAGACUCAACACGGAAGGCAGUGAAGGAUGCUGUGACGGAUGCAUUAAGAAACCGUAGCUACUUUUCUAGGGAAGAGGUGACAACGGCCGGUUCUAAUGAUUCAGUUUAUGUGCUGGCGGAAUGUUGGAAAACUUUAAGUCCGAGCUCUUGUAGGGCGUGUUUGAUGAAUGCGUCUGCAUCAAUAACAAACUGUUUGCCAUGGUCAGAGGGGCGAGCAUUGAAUACUGGAUGUUUCAUGAGGUAUUCUGAUACCAAUUUUCUUAACCCGAUACCAGCCACAAGCAACUCUAGCAAUAGAGGGAGGAUAACCGCUAUAGUAGUUUCCACAAUUAGUUCUGUGGUGGUCUUCAUAGUUGCAGUAAUGAUUGUCGUGUCUAUCGCAAAACGCAGAUACAUACAUCAGAAGAGAAAAGAUUCUUAUGAUGUCGAGAAGCUAGCUACAAUGCUAACAGAUAUUAGCUUGAACUUCAAAUACUCCACUCUUGAGAAAGCAACUGGAAAUUGGGAUGAGUCCAAUAAGAUCGGACAAGGUGGAUUUGGUACCGUAUACAAGGGGGUGCUUUCUGAUGGACGGGAAAUAGCUGUGAAGAGGCUCUUCUUAAACCACAAAUUGAGAGCAGUAGAUUUCUACAAUGAAGUUAACUUGAUAAACAGCGUUCAACACAAGAAUCUGGUCAGGCUAUUGGGAUGCAGCUGUUCAGGACCUGAAAGCAUUCUUGUAUAUGAAUUUCUACCAAACAUGAGCCUCGACCGCUACAUUUUUGAUGACAUAAAAGGCACAGAAUUAGGCUGGCAAAAUAGAUUUAAGAUUAUUACUGGUAUAGCAGAAGGCCUUAUUCACCUUCAUGAAAAUACAGUUAGUCGGAUUAUUCAUAGGGAUAUUAAAGCUUCUAAUAUCCUGCUAGACUUUAGGCUUCAACCCAAAAUAGCUGAUUUUGGGUUGGCCAGGUCUUUUCAAGAUGACAAGAGUCACAUCAGUACCGCCAUUGCAGGAACUCUUGGGUAUAUAGCUCCAGAGUACCUAGCCCAUGGUCAGUUAACCGAAAAGGCCGAUGUCUAUAGCUUUGGUGUGUUACUACUUGAGGUCGUCUCAGGAAUGGAAAACAACAGAAGCAAAAUCACGGAAUUCACAGACAGCUUAGUAUCUACUGCAUGGAAGCAUUUCAACCAAGGGACAAUGGGGGAAUUUUUUGACCCGAACCUAAUGAUGCAUAAAUAUCCUAACAUCAUUUUCCAGAAAGUUGCAAAAAGAGUGGUACACGUAGGACUUCUUUGCAUUCAAGAAGCUUCAUCUUUAAGACCAUCCAUGUCAGAAGCACUGAGAAUGUUGGCAAAGGACGAUGAAACGUUACCUGUCCCUUCUGAUCCCCCGUUUCUAAACGAGGAAACAAUGGAACUCGACAUCUUUCAAAACUCACUAGGUUCUUCGGUUGCUACAGUUUCACACAGCCAUUUCUACCCAAGGUAAACUUAGUUAGUAAUAAAGUCGAUGAAAACUUCAGGCCAUCUCUAUCCAUCCACACCCUUGUGCAUCUGCAGUGUUUCAAAAGCAAGCAACCAACAUGGUUAUAAAAAUUGAACCAUACCAUAUAGGCGUGUUACAAAAGAUUCUCAAGAUUUUGAUAUCUGGGUUUGGUUUCACGAACCAGUGUGCCACACGUCGCGAUUUCCCUCAAGAUAUGCCAACAAACCAUAUAAAUAUUAGCACGCACUUGUUUGCUCAUUUUGGAUUAUAUAUUCAUGUUUUCUAGUUCCUACAA